AUGCUCUACGUUCAGCAUCAUACCAUUGAUGGUGGCUGCGCUGGGUGGGCCAGGGGCGACGACGAUUUCGAUGAUGGUGAGCUGGAGCGCGUUGGAUAUACAGCCUCGGAUGUGGCGCAUUCGAAAUUGCUGUGCGAGGUUCCGAAGGAAGAUGUUUUGAUUGCGCUUGCUCUUACGCUCUUUCCCAAUCUCACGUCUAUCGAUGUUCAGGAUUCACACCUCACUCCGCGAGUUGAGAGGAUAAUUCGCCGCAUCUCAGAUGCGAGAUACCCUGACAGGGUCCCGUUGGCCAGCCUGAUCAACGUAACCAUCGGUACUUCUGACAGCAACCUUUUUAUUGACCCUAAGACUAUGGAACUAUUGGCCACGCUCUCAUCAGUCAAGACCGUUAACGCCGCGUGGGUUGGUGGCGCGAGUGAGAUACUUGAGGACAUCGUGCCAACGAAAGGCUCAAAUGUCACGGAUCUGAACGUAUUUUAUGGGGAUGUCCCGCCACAGCGCCUGAUGCUUCUCCUACAAAGCUUUGGAUUGCUCCUGUCUUUAACGUAUUGGCCUGCGAGUUCUCCUCAUUUGGAGCAUGACUUUGACCCUUUCUCGAUUGUCACCAAUCUAUUGGCUUGCGCCCAGGACUAG